AUGAUGUAUUGUCAGAAGUGUCGGACGCCGCUGAAGCUGGAUGGAUCCUUGGAGUCACUUAAUCCAGCUGCUUUUGAGCUGCUCGUCAACUCUACAGGAAAGACAGCUCCCGGACAGAAUACAAUCUCCCCUGCUCGCCCAGCUCUUUCUUCAGAUCGUCGCGCGACUUAUGAACGAGCAGCUCAACAUGCUACAGCUCCGGUUUACAAAAGAUCGGUGCCUGCUCCACGAUCGGGCACUCAACCACAUCCACCUUCACUACCACGCGCUGAGAGCGGAAACAUGUCGUUCGUGAUGCUGACGGAAUCCCAAUUUGUACCUCCACCCACGGAGGAGAGUUUAUCGCUACGGACCAAAGGCAAGAAUGCACCGAGGCACGAUGUUCAGAAACAGGACGGAACAUUUGCCGACCAGGUUGACAAAACGAGCCGCUUGUUCGAGAUCAUUUCCUCGCGUUCCGACAUCGAUCAUCCCAUCUGUGUGGAAUGCACAGACAUACUUGUUGAAGCAUUACAAAAACGUCUGGCCGGCUCGACAAAAGAACGAGAUGCGUACAUUUCAUUUCUCAGGACACUGAAUUCAGAGAUCCCGUCUACGGAAGAUCUGGAGGCGGCGGAGCAGUCGUUGCAAGAAAGCCUCAACGCUGAGCAACGUCUACUUGCAGAGCUCCAGUCGUUGGAAAGAGAAAAGGCGAAAUUGGACGAGGAGAUUGGAAGCUUGGAAGAAGAAUCACAGCAAUUGGACGCGGAUGAAGAAGCCUUCUGGCGCGCCCGCAACAGCUUUGCCUUGACACUAGGAGAGUUUCAAACCGAGCGCGAUGCACUGAAUAUGCGAUACGACCACGACUCGCAGCAGCUGGAGCGACUGCAGCGUACCAACGUUUACAAUGAUGCAUUCUGCAUCGGCCAUGACGGGUACUUUGGCACUAUCAAUGGGCUGCGACUUGGUCGGUUAGCGAAUCCCUCUGUUGAAUGGCCUGAGAUCAACGCUGCAUGGGGUCAGACUUGUCUGCUUCUGGCCACUAUUGCAGAGAGGCUUGGCUUUCAGUUCCAGGGAUAUCGUCUGCGUCCCCUCGGCUCCACCUCUCGCAUCGACAAGGUAGAGCUUCCCACACAGCCAUCCGGAACAGCUUCCAACGAGCGCGGCAACCCCAAAAUCACCCCAUUGGACUUGUUUUCAUCUGGCGACCUGCCGCUGAAUCUACCCUGGUUACAUCGCCGUUUUGACAACGGAAUGGUUGCCUUCCUGGAGUGUUUACGCCAGCUUGGUCAGUUUGUUGCAACGACGCCCGCCCCUGUCGCGGCUCAUCGUCGCGGACAGAGCAACGGGACUACAGGGCCAGGCUUGAAGUUGCCCUAUGAAAUCAAGAAGGAUCGAAUUGGGGAUGCGAGUAUCAAGCUUGGAUUCAAUCAGAAUGACGAGACGUGGACCCGAGCUUGCAAAUAUACUCUGACCUGCUGCAAAUUCUUGCUCGCCCACGCAAGUAAUGUAGCAAGUGCAGGCUCAACUAACUCGGCGGCUGUUGCAGCUGCGGCCGUCGCCGCUGCCGACCAGGGUCGACAGCAAGCCUCGAGCCCUUCCAAGCCAUCUGGCUGA